GGCAGGGCUGGGAGGGGUUGUGGAGCCUGGAGCCGGCUGGGAGUGGCUCCAAGAGUGGGGGAGGCGCAGCUGGACGUGGGGGAGCAUCUGGGGCGAUGCAGCCCGUCUAACGACGACGGGCCACGUCUAGGGCGAGGACGCCAAUCUGGGGGAGGAUGAUAGCUGGACGUGGGAGGAGGGGGCCACAGCUGGGCCGCGCGGUGCAUCUGGGCAGAUGGGGACCGCAGAUGAAUAUUGGUGACACUUUAGAGAAUUGGCCAUAAGUGAAUGGGGCACACACCUGUACGUGAAGGGGCCAUACUCGAUGUGGGGAGGACUUCUGGAUACGAGAGCAUCUCUUGGAAGUAGGGGCACAGCUGCAUGUGGCAACCACUGGGGGCCUCUUCUGGGAGAGAGGCAACAGCCGCCUAGUAUCUGAGACACGUCUGGGGAGGAGAAAGCCACAGGUGCAUGAAGAAUAAGAUGGGAUGAGCGAUCCAUUACUGGAGGCGCCCCAGGAUGGAGCCUCCACCAGGCACAGCGGCGGGGCAGGAGGAGCAGGAGCUGCGGGAGAGGGCCUUCUUCUCGUGGGCCGAGUUCAGUCGCUUCUUCGAUGCGUGGUGCCAGCAGCGACUGGCACUCUUCUUCGUCAAGAGCUCCAUGCACCUGGCGCGCUGCCGCUGGGCCAGCGCGCCCCCGCUCUACACGCUCAUCGACGUGCUCAAGUACAGCUACGUGCGGCUGGUGUGCAAGGACGUGCGCGCGCCCAGCCGGCCCGCCGUGGGGCCCCCCCAGCCUGGCUGCCCGGCCUUCAUCAUCGUCAAGCUGAGUCCGCUGCGGGACCGCCUCGUGGUGACGGAGUGCCAGCUGACCCACUCACACCCGGCCUGCCCGCUCGAGUUCGCCUACUACUUCCGCCCGGGCCACCUGCUGGCCAACGCCUGCCUACCUGUUCGCACCACCAACAAGAUCUCCAAGCAGUUCGUGGCCCCGGCUGACGUGCGCCGCCUGCUCUCCUACUGCAAGGGCCGCGACCACGGCGUCCUGGACGCCCUGCACGUGCUCGAAGGGCUCUUCCGCACCGACCCCGAGGCCAAGGUGAAGCUGGUGUUCGUGGAGGACCAGGCGGUGGUGGAGACCGUGUUCUUCCUGACGUCACGCACCCGGGCGCUGUUGCGGCGCUUCCCACGCAUGCUUCUGGUGGACCGGCUGCCGGGGCUGCAAGGCGCGCUGGAUCUGCUGGCGGUGUUGUGCGUGGACGGCGCGGGCCGCGCGCGUCAGGCCGCGUGCUGCGUGGCGCGCCCGGGCACGCCGAGCCUGCUGCGCUUCGCGCUGGCCUCGUUGCUGCAGAGCGCGCCGGAUGUCAAGGGCCGCGUGCGCUGCCUGACUGCCGGGCCUGAGGUGGCGGCGCAGCUGCCCGCCGUGCGCCAGCUCCUGCCCGGCGCGCGCGUCCAGAUCUGCAGGGCGCAGGGCCUGGAGACACUCUUCAGCAAGGCGCAGGAGCUGGGCGGCGCGGGCCGCGAGGACCCGGGCCUGUGGCCCCGCCUCUGUCGCCUGGCGGGCGCGUCGUCCCCCGCUGCCUACGCCGAGGCCCUGGCCGAGCUGCGGGCCCACGGCCCGGCCGCCUUUGUCGAUUACUUUGAGCGCAACUGGGCGCCACGCCGGGACAUGUGGGUGCGCUUCCGCGCCUUCGAAGCCGCCCGCGACCUGGACGCGUGCGCCUUGGUGCGCGGCCACCGCCGGCGUUUGCUGCGCCGCCUGAGCCCCUCGCGCAGCGUGGCGCAGUGCCUACGCGAUCUGGUGGCCAUGCAGUGGGCCGACGCGGCUGGGGAGGCGGCGCCCGACAUCUCCGACGACGCCGGCCCUUGGCUGGAGGGGGAGCCAGGGAGGGGAGCCCAGGUGGAAAACCAGAGGUUGAAGGGCCUAGAAACCAGAGACUGGGGAGGGGCGUGGAAGGAGGGAAGUUUUUGGAGAGAAGCCCAGGUGGAGAAGGAGUGGGCCCGAGGGCUGGAGACCAGAGACCGGGGAGGGGCUCAGGUGGAAAGUGAGAAGGGGAGAGGGUUGCAAAUCCGAGACUGGAGAGGGGUCCAGUUGGAAAACCAGGUGAGAGAGCUAGAGGGGAGUGUCUGGAGAGGGUCCCAGUUGGAGAAGGAGCGCUUGAGAGCUCCCGAGAUCCGAGACUGGAGGGGGGGCCCGUUGGAGGGUGAGAAAGAUUGGGGGCUGGAAGGUUAUAUCUGGAGGGGGGCCCAGGUGGAGGACCAGAGGUUGAGAGGACUGGAAGGGUAUACCUGGAGGCUGGCGCAGCUGGAGGAUCGAAGGGUAAGGGUGCUGGAGACCGCAGACGGGAGGGGGACCCAGUUUGAUUGCGAGAGAGCCAGGAGUCAUGAUGGGAGCUCCUGGAGGGGGCCCAAGUUGCACGAUGAGCGGAUAAGUGGCCUGAAAACCAGGGACUGGAAGGGGCUGCACUUGGAAGCCGAGAAGGAGAGGGGGCUGGAGGUCAGAAACUGGAGGGGGGUCCCUGUGGAGAAGGCCCUGGAACUGGUCCCCGAGAAUGGAGACCCCAGGGGGCCCCAGUGGGGAGAUGGGAGGCAGAGAGGGCCAGAGACUAGAGAAGGAGGAGCGAGGUUGGGUGUCAAAAGAAGAAGGGGCCUGGAGGAUGUAGUUCUGAUCCAGCUGGGGGACCCAAGGGGGGCAGGCCUGGAGAAUGGAGAUGGAGGGGGUGCCCUGGCUGGCAGCCCCAAGAGCAGAGGCAGGCAGGGCAGGGAGUGUGGGGACCCAGAAGGGGGCUGUCUAGGGCUGGGGGAUGGAGUCACGUGCAGCGUCCCAGUGGGGACCGUGUCAGAGGGUGACCCAGAGCGGGCAGCGAGAAGGAGGAGGUACCAGGCCCCAGGGGAGAGCUCGCAGGAAGGAAGUGGAGGAGAAGGCCCAAGGGAACCAAAGAGGCCGUGCUUCCCCUCAGGGGACGAGGAGGUGGACUGGGAGCCGCUGGCCAAGUUCCGAGCAGCCUGCGGGCCAGAACUGGCAGAGCUGGUGGCCGAAGAGCUGGCCUUCGCCCGGCAGCACGGGACCCGCGGUUUCCACUGGACCGGGGCUGGCUUCGCCCUGCAGGACGGCGCCUCGGACUUCUUCCUGGACGGUGCGCUGACACGCUGCUCCUGCUCCAUCCACGCGGCGCGCCGCCUGCCCUGCCGCCACGUGUUCGCCGCACGCCUCCUCACCGGGGCAGCCUUAUUCCACAUGGACCUGCUCAGGGAUUGCUGGGGGAGGGCCCCUGAGCCCUGAGCCCGCCGGCCCCUGCCCGUGACCCUCCACGGUGGGAGCCGGAGGGUGGGGGCGGGAGGGCACGCUUCGAUCCCAAAGAUAACAGGGCUGAGGCCCAGAAGGCCACCCCAUUCUGUCCCCGGCCACCUUCUGGGGUACCCAGGGGCCCCAUCUUGGCAGCUGGCCUCUCUGGAUCCGAGGGGGGAGCCGACAGUGUGGUCUUUGAGGUCCCGUGGCAGAUGGUGGUGGCCAAGGGAUUCUCCUUCGGAGAGGAAAGUUGGGGUAAGUGUAGACAGGGUCAGGUCGGAACAGGGGAAGGAAGGGGGUAGAGCUGGGGGAGGGGAGGACACCAGGAUGUGGGGAGAGCCUGGCAGGAGGAGGGAGAAAAGCAAAGGGGGAUGAAGGAGAGGGGAGGGGAGACAGAACAAAGGAGACAUGGAGGAGAGAGGACAAGGGAAGAGGCAGAAAUGACGAAGAAACGGAGACAAGAGGAGGUUGGAGAGGGUGGGGGAGGGGAGGAGGAGAUGAGGAUGAAGCAGAGGGAAGGGGAAAAGGAAUCCGCAAAAGAAAGGAAAGGGAGAAAAGAAAUGGGAGGGGUUUGAUUUGGGAUUUCUCUGAGGCCUGGAGUCUUGGAUCGCCUUCGCCUACUUGUUGGUCAUUCCCGGAAGAGACAGAAUUAGAGGGGGGCCCUGAGGGUCUGAUGGGAUGGGCUGGGGGCUCUCCAGCGGUGGAGGGGAACCGUCUGGACUCCGGCGCUUCAAGAUUGGAAUAAAACAGUACUAUUUUGGUUUUCGUGCUGAGUUCUUGGCUUGGGGGUGGGUAGGAGGCUGAGACCCAGAGGACAGUUGAAAAGGUCCAGUGUUCCUCCUUAUUUUUUUUUUUCUCCUAUCAACAGGCCCUACAGGGGCUUGAUGAAAUGUGGGGACCCAAAAUGAAUCCAUCUCCAUGGCAGCUCAGGCCCCAUCCUCCCUUGCCUGGGCCAGUAGGCCAUGGGGACAGCUUGCCAACACCUGUGGAUGCUUUCCUCCAAUGACUAGUCCAUGCCAGUGAUUGGUUUAAGAUGGGGCGUGUGCCCUGAUCCAGGCCAGUGGGUCUGCUUAGGGUAGGAGACUUCUAAAAGUUCUCUCAGUCCUAAGGAGAAGCCCAGAAUGCGAUGGUUAGGCCUAGAGCUGCUUACAAGCCUCUUAAUAAAAUGUGAGAAUGAAGGAUAUCAUUGACGAUAACAGAGCUAAGAGAGGAAGAAAAUCUGGGAAAUUCCCUGGUAGUCCAGUGGUUAGGACUCUGCAUUCUCACUACCGAGGGCCCGGGUUCAAUCCCUGGUCAGGGAUCUAAAAUCCCGUAAACUGUGUGGCCAAAA